AUGGCGGUUUUACUUCUUCUUCACCCAACGGUGGUCACAGAUCCCGCUCUAGCUGAAGCCAGCAAGAAAAAAUGGAUCCAAAAUGACGAAGAAGUCACACAACACAUCAUAGAUCGAGUCGCUAACAACAUAGUGGAGGUGCCUCAAAAUCACUACUCAAAAGUGGUUUACAUCAACCCCAAUGAGGCCCAGCAUCGUGGGUUGCCAGCACAGACGAUAGAACAAAUAUUUGGCUUUUUGAAGCCGGAGGGAAAAUUUUGCGGUGACUUGCCAAUUGACCAAAAUUUGGAUGCGAUAAUGUCGGGUUUUGUGGUGGAAGAUGAACACUGGUUGAAGCCAAAACCGAUGGCUUCGGUGGCGAUUCCGCUUAGAAAGAAGGAAAAAACCGACAAAAAUGAACCCAAAAAAUUACCCAUAUUCAAAAAGCUCAACCAAGAUCCGGGAAUGACCGACACUUCUGCCAGCAAUACCGACGAGGAAGAAACGGCAAUCAAGCGGAAACUCGAGGAGUCCAAGUUGUCGUACUUUUCUGAUGACAGCGACGGAGAAGAUGACCUUGUGAACGAGGAUGAAUUGAUUGACAAUUCUGGACUCAACUACAAUUUGGUGGUGCCCAAAAAAUGUGAGCUUCCCAACGGAAAAAGGAGAAGAAAAAGCUUGUUAAAGAUUGUACUUUGUGGACUCAAGGAAGUUGGAGGAAGAGCGAAAGACAAUAGACAGAGAACAUUACAGGAUCAAAUUCUUGGAUCCAUGGCUCAAACUGGCCACCAAAGAAGCUAUUGA